GAAGUGAGAUUGAGGUGCCACUACAUCUGACUUUAGCUUUGCCUUGCUGCCAUUGAAUAAAUGCCCUUGCUGUCACCUUUUGACUCUUUUGCUACCCUUGCCCUUCUGUUGUUGAUAUCUUUUGGGUCAGCGUCUUCCCCUAUCUCCCUAUUUCUCUCUCCUCUCUCUCUCUCGGCUUCAUUUGUCUAUUUAUGCAGACCAAAACCUCCAUUCUUUAGUAUUGAGUCUCUUGUCUUAAGCAUUUUCCAAGAAAGAAAGCAUUUUCCAAAAAAAAAAAAACAUAGUUCCAAGUGGGUGAGUGACAAGAUAGCAAGACACUUGGGAGAUUUUGUGGUGGUGAUUUGAUUAAAGAAAAGAGAAAAGAAAGGGAAAAUAUUAUGGGGAGGCCUCCUUGCUGUGACAAAGAAGGGGUCAAGAAAGGACCUUGGACUCCUGAAGAAGACAUCAGUUUAGUCUCUUACAUUCAAGAACAUGGUCCUGGAAAUUGGAGGGCUGUUCCUACCAACACAGGGCUGCAUAGAUGCAGUAAAAGUUGCAGGCUUAGAUGGACUAAUUACCUCAGGCCAGGGAUCAAGCGUGGUAACUUUACUGACCAUGAGGAGAAGAUGAUCAUCCACCUUCAAGCUCUUUUGGGCAAUAGAUGGGCUGCAAUAGCUUCAUACCUUCCUCAGAGAACUGACAAUGACAUUAAAAACUAUUGGAACACACACUUGAGGAAGAAGCUGAUCAAGCUCCAAGCUGCAGGAGGAGGCACUGAAGGCCUUCACUCUAAAGAUCAAGGAAACAGUAAUUCUUCCUCACAGGCAAUAUCCAGAGGACAAUGGGAGAGGAGGCUUCAAACAGACAUCCACAUGGCCAGGCAAGCUCUCAGAGAUGCCCUUUCCCCAGAAAAGCCACUGGCUUUGAGUUCUGAUUUGAAUCCCGCAGAUGGGUUUUCGAUUUCGAACCUGAAAAAACCAACCCUAGAUCAAUCAAGCAAUUCUACUUAUGCUUCAAGCACUGAGAACAUUUCAAGAUUGUUGAAAGGUUGGAUGAAAAACCCACCAAAGAAAUCAGCUAGGUUAACCAACUUGGCUAAUAAUCAGACAGAUUAUCAGCAUUAUUCAUCUAGUGAGGGAACCACAUCGGUGGCAAAUACUGCCAAUAGUGGCAAUGUUGAGUUAUCUGAUACAUUUGAGUCUCUGUUCGGUUUUGAGUCCUCGAAUUCCGAUUUGUCUCCAUCCACGUCGCCGGAGGCCAGUCUAUUCCAGGGCGAAAGCAAGCCGGAUCUUACCAGCGACCAGUUGCCGCUGUCGUUUCUUGAGAAGUGGCUGUUUGAUGAAGGUGCUGCUGCUGCUGCUGCUCUAGGGAAAUACCACUUCUUUAGUGAUAUGGUGAUACCAGAUCAUGGAAAUGCUAACAUUUUCUGAGGAUUUGCUUGUUUUUUGGGCAGAUUGGAAUAUCUUAAUUAAUUGUUAGUCUUUUCCAGUGCCUUGAUUAGCAAAGGGAAAUUGUUAGAAAAGGAAGUGUAAAAAUAUUACUUUAUAAUUAUGUCGAUUGUCAAAUGUCUUAGAAGUUGGAAGAUAAUAAUUAUUUCCCAUUUUAUGCCUAA